AUGGCUUCGAAAGACAAGGCCGAAGCCCAAGUGGCCGAGCAUGUCACUUCGCAUGGGCCCGCCACCGUCGACGAUACCGACGCGGCCAUCAACAAUGAGCACAACAUGACUGUCCGACAAUCCCUGCGGUUCUGGUGGAAGGCAAUCAUCUUCUCUUUCAUCAUUUCGCUGUGUGUCGUCAUGGAGGGAUACGAUACCAGUCUCAUGAACAAGUUUUUCGCCUUCCAGCCUUUCUGCGACAGGUUCGGUGACCAAGUCGACGCUCAAGGCACCAGGAUUGUCUCGUCGCGUUGGCAGACUAUCAUUCUCAAUGGAACACAGGUCGGAUGCAUUCUCGGACUCAUCCUUAACGGUUACGUUACUGAAUGGAUUGGAUACAAGAAGACUAUGAUUGGCAGCAUGCUCUUUAUGACUGGUGCCGUUUUCAUCCCAUUCUUCUCCACGGGCCUAGAGAUGUUUCUCGUGGGUGGUAUUAUCCAAGGUCUCCCCUGGGGUAUUUUCCAGACACUGGCAAUUUCGUAUGCUGCUGAUCUGUGCCCGACUCAUCUGAGAGGAUACAUGACAUCCUGGAUCAACAUGUGCUGGGUCAUUGGCGGUCUUUUAUCCACUGGUAUUCUCAGCGGACUUAUGAAGAACCAAACCCAGUGGGGCUACCGCAUUCCUUUUGCGCUCCAGUGGAUCUGGCCCAUUCCAAUCCUAACUGCUACCCUCCUCGCACCGGAAUCUCCAUGGUGGCUCGUCAGACAAGGCCGCAUCGACGAGGCCAAAGACGCCAUCCGUAAGAUUACGACCCCCAUCGAAGGCGUCUGCUUUGACUUGGAUGCACACGUUGAAAUGAUGGUCGUUACAAAUCAGUACGAAAAGCAGGUCAGCGCGGGUACUAACUACUGGCACCUAUUCCGAGGAAGUGACCUACAUCGGACGGAGGUAUCUUCUAUGGCGUUUAUUACUCAAGCUCUGUGUGGCGUUCCUUUCAUGGGGUUCGGGACACAGUGGAUGCGUAGCGUCGGCCUCAGUCAGAACGAUGCGUUCCAUCUUACCGUUGGGCAGGAUUGCUUAGGCCUUGUUGGGUGCUUCAUUGCUUGGUGGAUCAUGACGAGGUUUGGACGACGACCCAUGUACCUUGUUGGUCUUACUUCCAUCUUCCUUAUUCUCAUGAUUGUGGGGUUCAUUGGCCUUACACCACCGUCAAACAAGAGUGCUGGUCUUGCAGGAGGUAUUAUGAUUAUCCUUAUGAUUUUUUGUUUCCAGCUUUCACUCGGACCCAUUUGCUAUUCACUCGCGGCCGAAAUCCCGUCGUCCCGUCUCCGAGUCAAGACGGUUGCCCUCUCUCGUGCAUCGUACAACUCGAUCGUUUUCGUCACCAACACCAUCAUGCCCAAGAUGGUCGGCAAGAACGACUGGAACUGGGGUGCCAAGGGCGGCUUUUUCUGGGCCGGCAUCGCAGUGCUCUUCAUCAUCUGGGGUUACUUCCGCCUUCCCGAGCCAAAGGGCUUCACAUACUCUGAGCUCGAUCUCAUGUUUGAGCACAAGGUCUCGGCACGCAAGUUCACGCGCGAAGCAGCUGAUGCGCUGAAGCCUGUGCUUAGGGACACGGCGGCGCAGUACGAGAAGCAAAACGAUGUUGACCGAUCAUAGUUUC